AUGGCGGCAGAAGCAGCUGGUGGAAAGUACAGAAGCACUGUCAGCAAAAGCAAAGACCCCUCGGGGCUGCUCAUCUCUGUGAUCAGGACUCUAUCUACCAGUGAUGACGUGGAAGACCGAGAAAAUGAGAAGGGCCGCCUUGAGGAAGCCUAUGAGAAGUGUGACCGUGACCUGGACGAACUGAUUGUACAGCACUACACGGAGCUGACGACGGCCAUCCGCACGUACCAGAGCAUCACGGAGCGCAUCACCACCUCCCGCAACAAGAUCAAGCAGGUCAAAGAGAAUCUGCUGUCGUGCAAAAUGCUGCUACACUGCAAGAGAGAUGAGCUGCGGAAACUGUGGAUUGAAGGCAUCGAGCACAAGCACGUCCUCACCCUGCUGGAUGAGAUUGAGAAUAUCAAGCAGGUGCCUCAAAAACUGGAGCAGUGCAUGGCCAGCAAGCACUACCUCAGCGCCACCGACAUGCUGGUGUCAGCUGUGGAGUAUUUGGAGGGCCCCCUGCUCCAGGUGGAAGGCCUCAGUGACCUCCGGCUGGAGCUGCACAGCAAGAAGAUGAACUUGCACCUGGUGCUCAUCGAUGAGCUGCACCGGCACCUGUACAUCAAGUCCACCGGGCGGGUGGUGCAGCGGAACAAGGAGAAGGGGAGAUUGAGCUCCCUUGUGAAAGAUGCUUCUCCGGGGCCUCUCAUUGAUGUUACAAACCUUUCAACGCCUCGCAAAUUCCUCGAAACCUCGCAGUUUUCUACUCCUGGAAGCUCAAGUGUGAGGGAGAUCAACCUGCAGGAGAUCAAGGAGGAUUUGGAGCUGGACCCCGAGGAGAACAGUAGCCUGUUCAUGGGCAUCCUGAUCAAGGCGCUGGCCAAGCUGAGGAAGAUUCCCGAGACAGUGAAGGCCAUCACAGAGCGCUUAGAACAGGAGCUGAAGCAGAUUGUGAAGCGGUCUACGACCCAGGUUGCCGACAGUGCCUACCAGAGGGGAGAGGGCCUCACAGGCGAGAACCAGCCAAGGCUGCUCCUUGAACUGCUGGAAUUGCUGUUUGACAAGUUCAACGCGGUGGCCACUGCGCACUCCGUGGUCCUGGGCUACCUGCAGCAGACCGUGGGGCCUUUCCUGACUCAGCAGGAGGAGGUCAAACUGUAUGACAUGGCGGACGUGUGGAUGAAGAUCCAAGACGUGCUGCAGAUGCUUUUGACGGAGUACUUGGACAUGAAAAAUACGCGGGCGGCCUCUGAACCAUCAGCACAGCUGAGUUACGCCAGCACUGGGCGUGAGUUUGCAGCGUUUUUUGCCAAGAAGAAACCUCAAAGGCCAAAAAAUUCCCUUUUCAAGUUCGAAUUCUCCUCCCACGCCAUCAGCAUGAGCGCCUACCUGCGGGAGCAGCGGCGGGAGCUGUACAGCCGGAGUGGAGAGCUGCAAGGAGGCCCUGAUGACAACUUAAUUGAAGGUGGAGGAACAAAAUUUGUGUGCAAACCUGGCGCCAGAAACAUUACCGUUAUAUUCCACCCAUUACUAAGAUUUAUCCAGGAGAUCGAGCAUGCCCUUGGACUUGGCCCCGCCAAACAGUGCCCUCUUCGUGAAUUCCUCACCGUGUACAUCAAAAACAUCUUCCUCAACCAGGUCUUGGCCGAGAUCAACAAGGAGAUCGAAGGAGUCACCAAGACCUCUGACCCUUUGAAGAUCCUCGCUAACGCCGACACCAUGAAGGUGCUAGGAGUACAGCGGCCCCUCCUCCAGAGCACCAUCAUCGUGGAGAAGACUGUGCAGGACCUCAUGAACUUGAUGCAUGACCUGAGUGCGUACUCGGACCAGUUCCUCAACAUGGUGUGCGUGAAGCUCCAGGAGUACAAGGACACCUGCUCUACAGCCUACAGGGGCAUCGUGCAGUCAGAAGAAAAGCUGGUCAUCAGUGCCUCGUGGGCAAAAGAUGAUGAUAUCAGCCGACUCCUGAAAUCUCUCCCAAACUGGGUUAAUACGGCUCAGCCCAAGCAGCUUCGGCCAAAGAGAGAAGAGGAGGAAGAUUUCAUAAGGACGGCCUUUGGCAAGGAAUCUGAAGUUCUUAUUGGGAACCUGGGUGAUAAACUGAUCCCCCCACAGGACAUCCUGCGAGAUGUCAGCGACCUGAAAGCCUUAGCCAACAUGCACGAGAGCCUGGAGUGGUUGGCAGGCCGAACCAAGUCCGCUUUCUCCAACCUCUCUUUGUCACAGACGCUGUCGCCUGGCCAGGAGGGACACGUGAACAUGGACCUGCCGCCCGUGUCGGAGCAGAUCCUGCAGACCCUGAACGAGCUCGCCACGGCUUUCCAGGACAUGGCCGACCGCUGCCUGCUGGUCCUGCAUCUGGAAGUCAGAGUUCACUGUUUCCACUACCUCAUCUCUCUGGCAAAGGAAGGAAACUAUGCAAUCGUUGCUAAUGUGGAAAGUAUGGACUAUGACCCUCUGGUGGUGAAACUCAACAAAGACAUCAGUGCCAUCGAAGAGGCCAUGAGCGCCAGCCUCCAGCAACACAAGUUCCAGUACAUCUUUGAAGGCCUGGGCCACCUGAUCUCCUGCAUCCUCGUCAACAGUGCCCAGUACUUCAGGCGCAUCAGUGAGUCCGGCAUCAAGAAAAUGUGCAGAAACAUUUUUGUGCUUCAGCAGAAUCUGACCAACAUCACCAUGUCCCGGGAGGCCGACCUGGACUUCGCAAGGCAGUACUACGAGAUGCUGUACAACACGGCCGACGAGCUCCUCAACCUGGUGGUGGACCAGGGCGUCAAGUACACGGAGCUGGAGUACAUCCACGCGCUGACCCUGCUGCAUCGCAGCCAGACGGGCGUCGGCGACCAGACCACCCAGAACACGCGGCUACAGCGGCUCAAGGAGAUCAUCUGUGAGCAGGCCGCCAUCAAGCAGGCCACCAAGGACAAGAAGAUAACGACCGUGUAG